AUGCGUAGUGCCAACAGACCCGAAGAUCUAGUGGCCUGGAAGAAGCCGGGCAUCUCGACGGACAAUGAGGCUACACCGUUUAGCGUUUACAAACAAACGUUUACAGUGUUGCGCCUAUCACCGGGGAGCUUUAAUGGCCCCCGAGAAGAAGCACGGGUCAUGAGGAUCAAGCCGCGACACCCGCACCUGCAAGGCCCCACAAAGGCCAUUGUAGAAGACCCCGACGACGACGACGACGACGUUGAAUUCACAACGUUU